UCUGCGACGUCAUAGACAUGCGCCAGCACGCCAGCGCGACCUUCCUUGCAUCGAACAGUGAGGGACAGAAACAGUGACAGAAACGCGGCCUUACUCCGUUUAUAAUGUUUAUUUCCAAAUGAUUUCAGAGCAGAUUAAGUUCGUGUGACUGCGGAAUAAAACCGAACCAAGAUGCUUCGUUUCUCUCUGGUCGUUUGUGGCAGAGGAGUCGCUAAACGGUUUUCCUCGUCGUUCUCCAGUCAGAGCGCUCUGCCUCCAAAUUUACUGCUGCCCACCAACCUCGUGGAUCCCUCCAGAUUAAAGCGUCCUCCUCCUCCUGCAGACUGCUCCCUGCCUCUCCUCAGGAAGUGUGAUGCCUGUGUUCCUGCUCACCUGAGCCCCGUCCAGACGUGGGUGGAGACUCUGGAGAAGACGGACAGCGAGCCACUGGGUUUGGCUCAGCUCCACCCCGACGUCUUUGCAGUGCCUCCGAGGCUCGAUAUCCUCUAUGACGUUGAAAGAUGGCAGAGAAAUUACAAACGAAUCAGCCACGCCAGCACAAAGGUCAGGUCAGAGGUCAGAGGUGGAGGCAGGAAACCAUGGCGACAGAAGGGAAGUGGAAGAGCUCGUCAUGGAAGCAUCCGAUCACCGAUAUGGAGAGGAGGUGGGGUGUCUCAUGGACCCAGAGGGCCGACCAGUUACUACUACAUGUUACCCAUGAAAGUUCGAGUGCAGGGACUCAAAGUGGCGCUGAGCUCCAAGAUGGCUCAGGACUACCUUCACAUUGUGGACUCCCUUAACAUCCCCACACCGGACUCUCAGUACCUCCUGGACCUCAUCAGACACAGACACUGGGGAGAGUCUGUGUUAAUAGUUGAUGUAUGUGAGGAGUUUCCUGAAAACAUUCUUGAGGCCACAGCGGAUUUAAAGACGGUGAACAUCAUCCCAGCCAUUGGUCUGAAUGUCCACAGCAUGCUGAAACAUGAAGCUGUCGUUCUCACUCUGGAAACAGUUAAGUUUUUGGAAGACAAACUUCUCUGGCAUGAUGAGCGUUACACACCUCUGCACUCGUUUAAACUGCCCUACUCCGACUUCCCUUAGACAACGUGAAAUUAUCUGUAAUAUAUUCACACACUGCAGUUGUUUUCUUAAUGUGUUUAUUAUGUUCAACAACAAAAAAUUAAUAAAUAAUGCUAAUGAUAAAAAAAACAA